AUGAAAUACGGCCCGCCCCAAGCCAAACCAAGACAGUACCCUUACACGCUCGAGGUGCUCGAGAGCCAGGCCAACAAGAAGCUCAUGGCCGAGUACAGAGCAGACAAUAAACAGUGGCUUGCGCUGCUCGAGGCCCAGCUGGCGCCCAACGCCCAGAUGAUCGACCUCCAGCCCGAGGUGCAGUGGUACAUGAGGCCCUACCUCUUGGACUUUUUGAUUGAGCUCCACCAGAGCUUCCGUUUGCAGCCUGCCACGCUUUUCCUCUGCAUCAACAUCAUCGACCGCUACUGCGCCAAGCGUAUCGUGUUCAAGAGACACUACCAGUUGGUCGGCUGCACGGCGCUCUGGAUCGCCGGCAAGUACGAGGACAAGAAGCUGAGGGUGCCCACGCUUCGUGAGUUGGCCAUCAUGUGCCGCCACGCCUACGACGAGGAGAUGUUUGUCCAGAUGGAAAUGCACAUCUUGGCCACCUUGGAGUGGUCGCUUUCCCACCCGCUGUUGGAGGAGUGCCUCCAGUUGGCCAUUGCCGAAACCGGCGUCACCGCUCAUUCCACCCCUUGUAAGUACAACCGCCCCUCUCUGGCGACAGAGCUGCUGAAGGUGCUGGCUGUGACCGCCGUGGGCCGGUUUUUCUGUGAAUUGGCGCUUUACGACCGCUACUUCUUGACCGUGCCUAUGUCGCUCAUUGCCAUUGCAGCCAACCUUCUCGCCUGCUCCAUGCUCGGCGUGGACGCUGCCGCUUCCAACUUGAGGACCCUUCUCACCCAGGCGCCUCCCCACGACUCGCUGGCGGGUCUGGAGGAGAACAUGGCGCCCCUGGUCCAGGGAGCGUUUUUGCUGGGUCUUGACGGCACCUCGUUGAACCAGUUGCGCAAAAUCGCCUUGGUGCUCAUUCUACAAACAACCUCGCUUCUGGAGGUGCUCCAGCGUAAAUACGAGGCCCUUGGCGUGAUCCCCGUGCUCCACAAUUACACCAACAAGCACGCGCUUCUUGUCAAGGCGGUCAUUGAGCACCUGCCUGCCAUUUUGGCAGACGAGCCUAACGCAUUGGCGGCUUCCGAGGUGGCUCGUGUGGCUGACGUCUUGUUGCAGAUUGGCCAGGAGGACUUGAAGCCUCCUCAGAUGUUCUCUUCUUCCCAGGCCCUGCUCCCAUUGACCCCUCCUUCGGCGUCCCAGCUGCUGGUGUUUUCCCACCACGCUUCGUCCUCCGCUUACUCCACGCCCAUCAUGCAUCUGGGCCAGUUUGGCUACUCGCCCAUGCCAACGUCUGAUCCGGCUUGGCUGUCGCCUCUUGUGCCCAAGGGCCACUAG